CCUAAAAGACGAGUGUUUUUUGCAAGGACUGUAGAUUCCGAGAAGUGACAUGUCAAAUUUAACUGUUAACCUCUACGAACUUAUCGUAAUAAUUACAAUAAUUUUUAAUUAGGUCAUUACAUCGAUUGGAAGAUAACGAAAGAAAUGGCGGGAUCUGCGCUGAGACGAUUAAUGGCAGAAUAUAAACAAUUAACGUUAAAUCCACCUGAGGGAAUAAUUGCUGGCCCAAUUAACGAAGAAAAUUUUUUUGAGUGGGAAGCGUUGAUAACCGGACCAGAAGGCACCUGCUUCGAGGAUGGAGUAUUUCCAGCAAAACUUAUAUUUCCACCAGAUUACCCCCUGAGUCCACCAAAAAUGCAGUUCACUUGCGAGAUGUUUCAUCCUAAUAUAUAUGCCGAUGGAAGGGUCUGCAUCAGCAUUCUUCACGCUCCAGGCGACGAUCCUAUGGGUUACGAGAGCAGCGCAGAAAGAUGGAGUCCUGUUCAAAGCGUAGAAAAAAUUUUAUUGAGUGUUGUAAGUAUGUUAGCAGAGCCAAACGACGAGAGUGGUGCCAACGUUGAUGCUGCAAAAAUGUGGAGGGAAGAUCGUGCCGAAUUUGAAAGAAUUGCUCAAAGACUAGUGAAAAAAACUCUUGGCAUUCCAUCGUAGACUUGCAACAUUAGAAUUAUUGUCGGGACAAUAAUACCACAGGAAUAGAUUACGUUGAAUGGAAGUGUAUCGAGGGUCUUGAGAAAGAUCUGAUCCGGGCAUAUGGCAGGAGUAAUAAAAAAAAAGAUGAUACAAGCGCAGGUGCAGGUAAGUGUAUAAAAAAAGACUACUGAAACUUGACGCAACAUAUAUUGAACAAUUUGAACAAUCACACGGCUGGUCUGUCCGCUAAUGUAACAAUUAUUCCAUGUCGGUCUUGACGUGUGGAUACGAUUUCAAAUAAAAUUUAAAUGUUUGGAACAAAAACUAUGAACUGUAAACUUAAUAAUAUGCGAGUGAAUAUAAACUAUUUUUUAAGUAACAGAUUACUUGUAAACUAAUGACAUUCUCAAACUAGUUUUGCUUGAGAUAACCGAUUGCGAAAAAUAAAAAAAAAUCACGCCU